AUGAUAUCUGAUCUCCAUAAAUUGAUUGCACUGGACUUGUCAUUAAAUGCUCUAGAUGGAGAGAUUCCACUGCAUAUCGGUGAGAUGAAAGAACUUCUAAUUUUGGAUCUAUCUAGGAACAAUCUUUCAGGAGGAAUACCAUCAAGCAUGUCUCACAUGACACUAUUAAACUAUCUAGAUGUGUCGUAUAAUAACUUGUCUGGGAGAAUUCCAUCAGGCACUCAACUCCAGUCAUUUAAACCUUCAAGUUACAUUGGAAAUGCAAGACUAUGCGGACUUCCUCUGUCCAUAUAUUGUUCGGGAGAUAAAGAACUAGAAGUUCCACCCAUCAUUAGUGAAAAUAAGAAUGACGAAGAAGGCAUAGAUGAUCUUCAGAAAUGGUUCUAUAUUGGUGGUGCCUAUGGUUUUUCUAUUGGAUUUUGGAUCGUGUGUAUUGCUUUACUUGUUUACCGUCGUGGGAGGCAUGCGUUUUUUCACAUUAUGGGUAUUUCGGAAAAUAGGGUUUAUGUGAAGGUGAUGAUGUUCAUUUCAAGAUCUUAA